AUGUGGCCACAAAUCUUCCAACAAGUACAUGUUCAGGAUUCCUUUCAGAGCAGAUUCACCAGGAUGAGCAAGCGGUCCCCACCCCGGCUCCUGGAGCUGGCGGGCCGGGGCCUGCUGCGGGAGGAGGCCUUGGCUGUUGCCGCUCUGGAGGAGCUGCCCACGGAGCUCUUCCCACCACUGUUCAUGGCGGCCUUUGCCGGGAGACGCAGCCGGGCGCUGACGGCCAUGGUGCGGGCCUGGCCCUUCCCGUGCCUUCCGCUGGGGGCCCUGAUGAAGAAACAGGAGACGCGCCGGGAGACCUUACAAGCUGCGCUCGAUGGGCUCGACGGCCUGCUCGCCCAGAAGGUUCGUCCCAGGAGAUGGAAACUGAGGAUGCUGGAUUUACGGGAGGAUGCGCAUCAGGACUUCUGGGCCUUAUGGUCUGGAGCCAGGCCCAGAGCCCGGGUGCUCUCGCUGUCAGAGCCGGGGGCAGCCCAGCCUGUGCCAAAGAGGCGAAAAGUGGACCAUUCAGGGAUGGGGGCGAAGCAGCCCGGGGCCCCCCUGGAGGUGCUCAUAGAUCUUUGCUUCAAGGAAGCCGCCCUGGAUGAAUUCCUCACCAACCUUAUGGAGUGGGUGGGGCAGAGGAAAGGCUCCCUCCACCUGUGCUGCAGGAAGCUGAAGAUUUUUGCAAUGCCGAUACAAAACCUCAAGAAGCUCCUGAAGAUGGUGCAGCUGCACUGCAUCCAGGAAGUGGAUGUGAGUUGCACCUGGAAACUGCCUGUCCUGGGAUGCUUUGCUCCUCACCUGGGGCAGAUGGUCAAUCUGCACAGACUCCUUCUCUCCCACAUCCGCGUGCCUUCCCGCAGUUCCCCUGCCGAGGAGGAGCGUCACGUUGCCCAGUUCAGCUCACAGAUUCUCAGUCUGUGCCACCUCCAGGAGCUCUAUUUGAACUCUGUCUUCUUUCUCAAAGGCCGCCUGGACCAGGUGCUCGGGUGCCUGAGAAGCCCCCUGGAGACCCUUUCGAUAACACAUUGCCCACUUCAGGAAUCCGACUUGACACAUCUGUCACUGUGCCCAAACACCAGCCACCUAAAGCGACUGGAUCUGAGUGGUGUCAUUCUGCUCAGUAUGAGCCCCGAGCCUCUCAAGGUUCUGCUGGAGAAAGUCUCAGUCACCCUGCAAAACCUGGAUUUAGAGGAGUGCGGGCUCACGGACUCCCAGCUUAGCGUCAUCCUGCCUGCCCUGGGCCGCUGCUCCCGACUCAAGACCUUCAGCUUCUGUGGAAACUCCAUCUCGAUGCCUGCCCUGGAGAACCUGCUGCGGCACACCGCUAGGCUGGGACGGUUACACCUCGGAUUAUACCCUGCCCCUCUGGAGAGCUACCAGGAACUCCACGGUGCUCUCCACCUGGGAAGACUUGCUGAGCUCCACGCCAGGCUGAAGGCGAUGCUGCGGGAGCUGGGGCAGAGCCGCACGAUCUGGCUCAGUGACCACCUCUGCCCUCAGUGCGGCAACAGGGCAUUCUAUGUCCCGGAACCCAUCCAGUGCCCCUGCUACACGCGUGCCUAG